AUGAAAAGAAAACCAAAGCUCACACUUAUUUUUGACGAGGAAAAAAGAAAAGAAUAUCUUACAGGGUUUCGUAAACGGAAGCUUGAACGUAAAGAAAGGGGACGUAAAGCAGCAGAAAAACAAUUAAAAGAUGAAAUUAAGGCUGUUAAAGACAAAUAUAGGGAAGCUGCUCGUCAAAAACUUGAAAAUAUCCAGUUGCCUGGGACGUUAGAUUGUGUUGAAAACAUCCUUUCCAAUGACAAACAGAUCAUCGGAGACCAAAGUGUUGUUAUUCAAGAAUUAGAUUUAUGUAAAACACAUUAUUUCAUGGGUACUUGUAAGGAACCAAACUCUCAACCAAUCAUUUCUAAUGAAGACCUCACCAACAAUGAUCUACAUCAAAUAUUACAGCCGUAUGGUAAAGUGGUCAGAGUAACUGUUGUAAAAGACAAAGAAAGUCGUAAAAGCAAAGGUGUUGCAUUUGUCUUGUUCUUAGAUAGAAAUGAUGCUUAUAACUGUGCAAAUAAAUUAAAUAAUACUCAGAUGUUUGGUCGUACAUUGAAAGCAUCAAUCGCUCGAGAUAAUGGUCGAGCUGCUGAAUUCAUUCGUAGACGAGAAUAUCCUAAUAAAUCUCGAUGCUAUGAAUGUGGCUCGUUCGGACAUCUUAGUUAUAAAUGUGAAAAGAAUUCAUUGGGUGAACGUGAACAACCAGUAAAGAAACGUAAAGUUCGAAAGAAACUCCAUUCAGAUUCAGCGACAUCAAAUUUACAUGGUAGAAAUGGGCCAAUGGAUCCCGAUAAUGACAAUGAUAAUAAUAAUAGCGAUAAUGAAGAUAGUGAAAUUGAUGAUCAAUUGGAUAGUUGGAGUGCAGUUGUACAACAUCAAACAGAACUCUACAAUAGACAAUCAUCAUCAUCUCAACCAACUAUAAAGAAAUUAUGUAUACGUCAAAAUUCAUAUUUUUCCGAUGAAGAAGAUGUAGAUGAUUGUUAA